AUGCUUAGUGCUCUACAUGCAGCAAAGGAGAAGCUAUCUAUCUACUAUAGAGAAACAGAUAAGGUUCAUGGUGAUCUGUUUGCAAUUGGUACAAUCCUUGCACCACAAAACAAGCUUCAGUUCUUUAAUAAUAAGGAUUGGGGUCCUAAAUUGUGUUAUCAAUAUCGCAAAAGCUUUGAAACCUAUGCAGGUCUAUAUAAGGAACGCCUAUCAGUUACACAAGACUCUCCACAGAUACCUUCUUUGGGUGUUCAGACAUCAAAGAUCGAUGCGCUUUUUGCUCCUGAUUUCAAUCAAUCAGUGAGUAGUGACGAGGCUAUACAGUACCUUGAGAGUGAAACAGUCCCAAUUGCUCCGCGGACGUUCUGGAAAGAGCAUGAACACAAAUUUCCAGCUCUUGCAAAAAUGGCACGUGAUAUACUCUCAAUACCUGCCACUGGCGCUGGUGUUGAGCGGCUUUUUAAUUCUGCUCGAGAUGUCUGCCAUUAUCGUCGAGGCUCACUUAAUUCUACGACAAUCCAAGAUCUAAUGCUAUUCAUGUGUACAUCAAGGUUUGAAGUGGAAGAAAAGGAACUUUCCCUUAUAAAACAAUAUCUUUUGAAUGAGGAACAGCAAGCACUUGAUGAAGAGAAAGAUGCUCAACAGCUUCAAGAUACUCUUAAGCCAAUCAGUGAUAAUGAAGAAGAUAAUAGCCUAGAGAUUAGUAUAGUCCAACCGGCUACUCAACAGCUAUCUAAGCAUGCUCAGGGCAAGAGACGAAUGAGUAUGGUAUCUGAUGGGGAGCAAGAGUGCCAGGAGCCUAUUUCAUCUGAUGAUGAAGUGGUUCUUCCUUUACCUGACACGCAACCACGUAUCUCAGGACGAAAUCGCAAGCGUACAAGGCGUGAGGAUGAUCAGUUCCUUCAUUAUUAG